ACUUGAAUCGAGACUCAGUAUGAUAGGGAUAACCGAGGUGCAGUAUCGUUCCCGAGGGACCCGCCUGUAACACGGUGUAUCGGAUAUAAGCGAUCCUAAACCGGCGUUGAGAUCGGCGUAAAAGCAUGAUUGGUUUGUAUUCGAACAAUAAGUGAUGCAGAUGAGACUUACGAUGAAGUCAAAACAACAAAAAGAAUAAAGAAAUCUAGGCAGAGAACGGAACAAAGAGAGGGUUAAAAAAUAUGAUAUCUUGUGGUUUUUUUGAUGUUACUACAAAAUGAAGUGUGUAGAAUAAGAAGUGCGAACUGAGUGAAAAUGCGCUUUUCGGUUUGUGCAUUACCUGCAGCAAGAGCAUCCGACUAGGUGACGAAGUGAGGAAAAUCUGAGAUCGGGUGUUGCAACUGCAGACAGUGGGUGUUUUGUUAAUUUUUGUCACACCUGUAGCCUGGGACGAAGGUUCGGUAGACGCGUGGCCGACACGCGUCGACGUUUAAAGGAUUGUUUGGAGAACCGAUCGCUGACGCGUGUCGCCGACGCGUGUCUUUUUCCCCCCUUUGCGAUAGCGAAGAGAGGGUGUAGAAAUUCCUCCGGAGCAUGUGUACCGCACACGGCAAUUGAAAAAUACCGUUGUUGGAAUGGAGGUUUCUGGGAGAUUUCAAGUCCUUGAUAUAGCGGCAGUGUACGAGCCGAUAUCGUCGUUGUUAAAAUAGGACCUUCCAAUAGAAUGUGCGAAGAAAUGUUAAGGCCAGCUCUUCUCGAUCCAAACCGUCAAAAUGUACCAAAUAUUGUCUCUGCCCUAGAUUAUUUCAGUAAAGAAGAAACAAAGUGGCGGAGUGAAUUUUCAACGAUCAUGAGCCUUCGAACGCAGUUCGAAGAACGUUAAUUCGAAAUUCAAAUCGCGAUCGUUUGAACUAGCACGUAGGUCGACUCGGGAAUGUGUGAGAUUGAAAUCGGCGACUAGUAAGUAAUAAAACGCGGCAAAAUGUAUUCCAUUGACAACCUCGAUCUGGACAUGAUGAACAGACAAUACAUGUACGAAGCUCACAGCUUCCUUGGUAAUCCUGCGAUACCCUCGUUGCCGCCGCACUGCGGACCUCCAACGACGGCGAGCUUGCUCCCGAUUCCUCCCCAGAUGCCUUCACAUCCACCUGGAAGCACGGGUAGCACGAGUGGCAGCGAUUUGUAUCUGUACGACGAAAACAGCAGCGACAACGAGAGCGCGUAUAGCAGUGACCAGGAGAAUCACACUCGAGAACGAAACGGUCGGAAUCGGCGAUCGGGAGGAUCGUCUUCUGGCGGAAAAUGUCCUCGGCAAGCGGUUCAGCAACGGCAAGCAGCUAAUCUUCGAGAACGACGGCGAAUGCAGAGCAUAAACGACGCCUUCGAGGGUCUCAGAGCCCACAUACCAACUCUGCCGUACGAAAAACGGCUCUCUAAAGUUGACACGCUGAAGCUCGCCAUCGGGUACAUCAAUUUCCUCAACGAACUCGUCCGGGCCGAUAAGGGCAACGAUCCUCUCACCGGUGGAAGCUUGUCACGAUGUUCCGGUCGCGACGAUUCGAAGAAAAUCAUAGUCCGCGGUAGCGGUGGUAACCCGUUUCUCUCACACUCACUAUCAUGGUCCAGAAAAUCUGACAUUUCACCAAAUGGUACGAUGUACGCGAAAGUCUGGACGCCGGAAGAUCCUCGAGCUAACAAGAGCGUUGGGGGCGUCGGACACGGUGGUGGGAACACCUUCGUUGAGUGAAAUUGUCGAAAAUAGCGUCGUUCAACCUCUCCGGGCGUAAAUCGAGACGUCUUUAGAUAUGCAGAGGACAAGAAGUCGAAAGGUAAAAAGAAACUUUUGCUUUCGCGGGUUUUGCGAAAAUCAAUGCGAAAGGGAUAUGUACCAGAGACUUUCAAAUAGUGAUAUUACCCGAAUGUAGGUGAGACAUAAUCCAAAGAUUAACAUAAUAAAAAUCGAUAGUGGUUUUUGAACCGCAAGUGUUCGGAACACCGUAUAAAAACAUUGUCGGUGUUGGGAUGUGAGGAAUAAAACACCGCGGGUAAAUAUAUCAUGUUAUAGUUUAAUCGAAAAAUAUUGAAUUUCUAAGGAAUUACGUGUGAAUGAUUUUGCCGUUCAAAUCUGAUGCAAUUUUGAGAAUGAACUAAUACGUUGCGGAGCAUUAUAAAUCGAUCUAGUCAAAAUGUUAUUUAGUGUUUAAGCUUAACUGUAUAUUAUCUAGUCGUAAAUCGUAUAUUAGCGAUAGAUAUUUGUGGAUAAUAGUCGACUUUUACACUCCUAUAAUAAAUGAUUUUUGCGGAAUAAUAUACAUACCAUAUAAACGUAAAUAUAUAGUUCGCAGUUUCUCAGUUACGCGGGUUUAAAUAACCAAAACUAUAUUCAAUCAUUCCGGCAAGUGACUUGGAACAUGAGAAAUGAGAAAUAAAAUUAUUAAUUUAUAUUAAAAAACAAAAUGUGGUUUCGUUAUUAUUAUUUUCAAAUCUUCAAUUAUAUAUAACGUUAUAAAAAUGUUCUCGAUCAAUUGAUUGCUUGAUCAACUGUCCGAUGGUUGUAAAUUAUGUAAACUAUAUUACAGGAGAUACUUUUUAAAUUUUUUUCUCGUCAACAGGGGCGAGAUAAAAUUGUUAUGGCUUAGGUAAGAUUUAGUCAUAACAUGUACUAUAUGACAAUUGGUUGAAACGGAGGUUACACUCAAUCCUCGUACGUAUUAGAAUCAACGUGAAGAAGAAAGCUCAAAAACGCGAUUAACUAUACAUAUCGACUGUCUCAAAUAGCCAUUAUAUGGUUAUUUGAUAUACCGUGUGACCUAUUGUAUAUUUAACCUGUAUUAUACGUGUAUACUAAUUCUAGUCAAUCGUUUUUAAGCAGCGGUACCUACUUAUACAUACAUGUAUAAACAUAUAAAUAGAAGAUUGAAAAAACAAACAAAAAUAAAAAUAAUCUUAUAAUCA